AUGUCUACGGCCAACUUCUUUGACACUGCUGCCGAAUUGGGCAGCGAGGAGGAGGACGAGGAUUUUGAUGAGGAGGGCGGUGAAGUUCGCCCCAAAAAGACAAAUGGCGCCAAUGGAUUAGAGGACUCGAGCGAGGAGGAAGACGAGGACGAUGAUGAGCUUCUAGCGCAGGAAGGCGCAGGCUUUGUCGUGGACGAGGAUGAAGAAGACGAGGAAGCUGAGCGCAAGCGACGCCGCAAGAAGAAGCGCAAGAAUCGCGAGGUCGACGAAGCUCUCGACGAUGAGGACUUGGACUUGAUUGGAGUUGAGGUGGAGCGACCAGAUGAGACACAGUCCAGAUUCAAACGCCUAAAGCGAGGCCACAAAGAGCGCGCACGAGCCCGUGGUAUCGACGACAUCUUUUCUGACGACGAACCGAAUGAUGACAUUGACGAGCCACGAAGAGCUGGUCUGAACGAGUUCGACGACUUCAUCGAGGACGAUCAGUUCGAGGAUGAGAUUGAAGACGACCGGGAUGUAACACAACCGGGCAUCAAUCUGAUUACACAAGGUCUACAAGCUGCUGGACUCGACGAGGGUGCUGAAGAAGACUACAGGGCCGCGUUCGGAGAUGGCACAGAUUAUGACUGGGCACUGGACAUGCAAGAGGCAGAAGAGGACGAGCAGGCCGGUGAAGGCCGGGACCUUCAGCUCAAGGAUGUCUUUGAGCCAUCGCAGUUACAGGAGCGCCUGUUGACAGACGACGACAACAUCAUCCGCGAGACCGACGUACCCGAACGCCUCCAACUGGCUCGCAAGCCCUUCAAGGACCUGGAGCUAACAGAUGAAGAUAUGCAAGAGCGGUUGAAGGAGGAAGCACAUUGGAUUACAACGCUUUUAUGGCCAAAGAAAGGGUUGGAAGGUUACUUCCAUGCGCCAUUCGAGAGGGCUGUCCACAAGGUCCUCGAGUUCUUGAACAUCGAAGACUACGAAGUUCCCUUCAUCUUCAACCACCGGAAAGACUAUCUUAUCCAUGCCCCGGGUGACAGCGACGACCAGGACGACGCAAAUUUGCCUCCAGUGAACGUCCGACCGGAGCGCUUGCUGAAUCAGAGCGAUUUGUGGGAAGUCUUUGACCUGGACCUCAAAUUCAGGGCUUUUGCUGAGAAGCGGGAUGCUCUCCGUCUGAACUACGACAACAUCCGAAGUGUGUACCCUGAGAUCAUCGACACUGAGAUAGAGGAUCUCUCGAACAAGGCGAUCACCAUCGAAGAAAUUCAGGAGUUGCAGGACUACCUCCACUACCGCUACUCUACGGAGAUCAGCGAAGUACGACAGGAGACAAACGGAGUGCAGAAACGCGCCAACAACGCGCGGAGCUUUUACGACAAGUUGCGCAGUGGCAAGGCGCAUCAGCUUGUCAAGGCUAUCGGCAUCACCGCGGAAGACUUUGCCAAGGCAGCCGAAGGUACUAGUCGGGGCGCGCAAAUCAUUGAGGAUCCACCAUUCCAGGUACAAGAGUACGCCGAUCAGCUGGCAGAAGCUCCUGAGACUGGUACCACAUUACUCAGGUCGGCUAAAAUCUUGUUUGUGCAAGACUUGAACAUGAGCUCUCGGUUACGGAGGUUCUUGCGUGGGAGCUUCUACCAGAACGCACAGAUCGACUGUAUACGAACAGACAAGGGCGCACGCAAGAUCACCGAGGACCAUCCAUACUACGAGUUCAAAUACCUGCGACGACAGACAUUUAUGGAUCUACAUGGCCGACCAGAUCUCUUUUUGAAGAUGCUCAAGGCUGAAAGUGAAGGUCUCGUCCAGGUCCAGAUUUCCAUGUCUAAUUACACAGACUUCAAGAAGCGGCUCCAGGGCAAGAUUGUAUCGGACAAUGUCAGUGAGGUCUCAGACUCAUGGAACAAUUUGCGCCGAGAGCUACUUGAUGAGGCCUUGGACAAGCUGCAAAAGGUCAUUGCGGCUGGUGUCAAGGAGUCGUUGCGUGCGCGUUGUGAGGACGAACUCGCGAGCCGAGCUAGGGAGAGCUACUACAACAGGCUUGACCAAGCACCAUACAAGCUCAAGGCAGCCCCACUUGGCUCGGUUCCAAAUGCUCUGUGCAUGUCGAACGGCCAAGGCCAACGCGGAGAUGCCAUUAUGUGGGCAUACGUGGAAAACGAUGGGCGCGUGCUAGAACAUGGAAAAUUCGUGGACUUCCGACUGGGCAACCAGGAGCGAGGUAUUGCGGAUGGUCAAGACAUUGCCAAAUUCGUCGAAGCAGCCCAACGCCGUCGUCCUGACGUAAUCGGUAUCAGUGGCUGGUCAGUUGAGACACGAAAGCUCUACAAGGACGUCCAAGAGAUCAUCCAACAGAACGGACUGACUGGCCCGACAUAUGAGGACGAGAAUAGCGGCCAGGAGAGAAGCGAUCCUUUGGAAGUCGUCUUGGUGAAUGACGAAGUGGCCCGACUGUACUACAACAGCGGCCGAGCGGCUGCCGAGUUCCCCAAGUAUGCUCCGCUUGUCCGGUACUGCAUUUCGCUUGCACGGUACUUGCAGAACCCGUUGGCUGAAUAUGCCUCCCUCGGAAAGGACAUCAUUUCGAUACCGUUCAUUCCGAACCAGACUCUCAUCCCUCAAGAGAAGCUGUUCGAUAGGCUUGAGACGGCCAUGGUUGACAUGGUCAACCUUGUCGGUAUCGAUCUACCCGAGUCUUACGACGACAAGUACCUGGGCAAACUUCUACCUUACGUCUGUGGUCUUGGCCCUCGUAAGGCAGAUAGGCUUGUUAAGGCUAUUCAAGCUAACGGCGACGAGAUCCUCUCUCGCUAUGAUCUUCUGGGUGUCUCUGAAAACAGUUCUCGCGACCUGAAGGCGGCUAUGGGCCCCAAGGUGCAUCAGAACUGUGCCAGUUUCCUCUACAUUCCUUACGACGCGACCGAAGAGUCUUCAGACUACCUCGACUACACCCGUGUUCACCCCGAAGACUACGACCUCGCCCGGAAAAUGGUUGCAGAUGCUUUGAACAUGGACGAGGAAGAUGUGAAGGCCGAGACGGAUGAAGGUGGUCCCAGCGCCGUUAUUAGGAAGAUGGUUCGCGAGGAGACCACCGAUCUAGUCAACGACUUGGCUUUGGAGGACUACGCUAUCGAGAUUCAACGGAAUUUCGGUCAGCGCAAGCGUGCGACACUCGAGACCAUCCGUGCUGAGCUGGAGAACCCAUACGAGGAGAUCAGGCAGACGUUCGCUCUCAUGAGCAGUGACGAGAUCUUCACCAUGCUCACUGGUGAGACCAAGGAGACUUUGUAUGAGCACAUGGUCGUCCCCGUAACGAUCAAGCGCACGUUCCCAGACCACAUCGAAUGUCGACUCGAGUGCGGUAUUGAGGGUGGCGUCUCCGAAUCCGAAUUUCCUGAAGGUGUCGGUAAUGGCGGACAAGAGCCUCGCCACGUAUACCAGUCGCACCAAGUGGUGCGCGGUCGCAUCAUGUUCCUCAACAUCAAGGCUCUCACAGCACAGCUGUCAUUACGAGAGGACAUCAUCCGCAAGCCCCAACCACAGCCCGACCGCAUUCCCGGCGAAUGGGACGACUUACAAGAAGCAGCGGACAAGAAGGCAGCUGAGAAGGAGAAGGAAGUCGCUUCCGGUCGCCCCAACCGUGUUGUCAACCACCCACUCUUCUUCUCCUUCAACUCUAUACAGGCAGAGGAGUAUCUCGGUAGUAAAGAGGUUGGCGAGCUCGUCAUUCGGCCAUCGUCGAAGGGUUUCGAUCACUUGGUCGUGACCUGGAAGGUCGGCAACAACGCCUAUCAACAUCUCGACGUCCUGGAGAUGAACAAGCCCAACCAAUUCACUCUCGGCAAGCAGCUUAAGAUCGGAAAGACGACAUACACCGAUCUUGACGAGUUGAUCGUCAACCAUAUCGAAGCCAUGGCGCGCAAGGUCUCGGAACUCACGCGAGACGAGCGCUUCAAGACUGGCACCAAGGAGGAGACUGAACAAUGGCUGGAAAACUACUGCACCGCCAAUCCCAACCGCUCCAUGUACGCCUUCUGCAGCAUGCCCAAGUACCCCGGCCACUUCUGGCUGUGCUUCCAGCUCGGGCACGAGAAGCCCAAGGGCGCAUGGCCAUUUAAGAUCAGCCCUGGAAAAUUUGAGAUGCGCGGUCAUGCAUAUGGUGAUAUGGUGUCCCUUAAGAACGGGUUCAAGAUGUUGGCGAGGGUCGCGGGGACUGGUGCUGCUGCUGGGGGUGCGAUCCCGAGGAGAUGA